AUGGGGUUCACCUCAAGUCUCGCGGACACCUUUGGCAUGUUGUUUCUGGGUGUCUCAAUUUCGGGCGUGCUCCUUGGGAUUACAUGUCUUCAGAUGUUCCCUCAAGAAUCUGCGACCAUAAAGCUAAUCGUCGCUUUCAUGGGAGCACUCGAUAUCAUGGCGUAUGCGUUCAACAUCCAUGCUAUUUAUCACUACAUGUUUUCGAUCAACUACUUCGAUCUUGAGGCGUAUUUGAUACCAGUUUGUAUCUCGAGGAAGCAUAUUCAUCAGGCUGGUAAUGCGAGCGCUUUGGUGAAUGGUAUCACAGUGUCAAAGUUGAAGUCCUUUGAGCACGUGAAUCAAGAGAAUGCAAUCAUGAUCUACAUUCCGUUUUCUGUGGCUAUCUUUGACAACGCAGUGAUAGCUAUCACGACAACUUACUACCUCCGCCGUCAGAAAGCCCAUUUCCUACCGUUGCGCUCGGUGAUAGAAACUUUUUUCGCCUACUUGGCGCUCGAUACGUGCUUCGGCAAGGUAUACCUCAACAGCUAUAUGACAAUAAUGAAUGCGAGAAAGAGCUUGCGUCAAAACAGUGGGCAUGAUGUCCAGCUGAAUCCUGUUAUUCCCUCCGUUGUCUCUACGUUCGAAGGCAGCGCUGCAAGCGCAAUGUAUUCGCGCACAUCAUCUGCAACGUCGCCGAGAGAAGAGAGCUAG